AUGGCCAAGAAUGAGAAAGGAAGUGAGAGUCCAAGCUGGGGAGCUUCGUUUUUCAUUCCAUCAUCAGAAGAUGUUGCAACAGCUUUUGCCGCUGCUGCCUCUGCGAUAAACCCUCCAAGGCCUUCUGUAGUCUUCUCGUCGAAAGAUGAGAGCAGUGACAGCCCUCUUGGGAGACUACAGAGGCAGGUGUCGAAAGCGGUUAGAAACUUCUACGAAACUCCCAAAACAAAGAGUAUAUUGUACAAUCCUGAGGUUUUGACUAGCCAAAAGCGUCAAUGGGCCAACUUUCAGGUCCAAUAUUUGGAUCAUAAACCAUUGAAAGAUCAACCGUCAAGGCUUUUUGAAAGCGUUGUUGUGGUUGGACUUCAUCCUAAUUGUGAUGUUCAAGCACUUGAGAAGCAGUACAUUGCGAGGAAAUCUGAAGGCUCUAGUGGGAGGUUGCGAAGUGCGUCUCAGAAUCAUUCCCGUGUAGAACCUAGUCUCGAACCUCAGGUCUUACUUGUGUACCCUCCUGAUAAGCAGCCUCCAAUUAAAUACAAAGAUCUUCAUUCAUUUUGCUUUCCCGGAGGCAUCGAGGUCAAUGCUGUUGAGAGAACUCCUUCCAUGAGCGAGCUGAGUGAGAUCAUUCUCAGUCAGGAACAUCUUAGGCCUAGUGACCUUUCAUUUGUAUUUAGGUUACAGGCUGCUGAUAAUUCAACUUUGUAUGGAUGUUGCUUACUAGUGGAAGAGAUAGUGAAUAAACCGUCCAGAUUGCUUUCCACGGUUUUAGACAAACAACCUGCUCGCUCAUCAUUGAGCCGCUAUGUCCUGACUACUCGCAGAUGCUAUUGCAUCAUCACCAGGCUGCCGUUUUUUGAAUUGCAUUUUGGUGUAUUGAAUAGCAUCUUCUUGGAAGAAAGAUUGGAGAACUUGAUGAGUGGCAUCAGUGGUGCAUCUUUAGAACCUCCAAUAGAUUUCAACAAUGGCGAAAGCUUAAACGAUUCAUCACCCCGAGAAAGAGACUCUGAAGACACAGAAGAACAAUCUGGUGAAGUUUCAGUACUCACUGAAGCCAACGAAUUUUCAGAUAAUGGCACUUCUGAGACGAAUCGGAAUGUUGACGUCAACGUGGAUCCAAUAAAGAGAAUUGUUGAGGAGAUAUCUGGUCUUUCAGUGUCUCAUGAAGUUGAUACAGCUGAAAAGGGACCAGAGCUCUGUUCUUCUGAGUCUAAUAACAAUGUCGCCGAAGCUGAUGAUUCCUUGCCAGUUAUCAAGCAAGGCGGAGAAAGUUCUUUACCUGAUCCUGUCUCCCUUCUUCGGUGUCCUUAUUUGGAUGAGAUCUCUGAUUCUAGCUCUAGCUUUCAGGCUGCUCCCUGCGAGAGGAGUGAUUUAAGGACCAAUGAAGAUGAUACUGAAACAGGUGAAGCAUCUUUUUCUGGUCAAGAUGAUACAAGCAGUAAUCUUGAUAUCCUUGAGUGGUCAAAGUCUGAAAAGAAUGGGUCGUUGCAGAUACUAUGUGAGUAUUACAAAUUAAAUUGCCCGGCAAGAGGUUCAACUAUUACAUUUCAUCCUCUGGACCACCUUCAUCCGGUCGAAUAUCAUAGACUUGAUGAAGCGGUGUUGCAUACUCCCGGAGCAUCAGCUGACCUUACUUCAUGCAGCACUAGUCUAGAAUUAGCGGAGGCACACACUGCGCUCAUGGCUGAGGAAGAAGCAGCUGCACUAUCAACAUGGGCUGUUGCUUCGUUAUGUGGAUCACUGCGCCUUGAAAAUGUCUUGAUGAUCUUAGCAGGAGCACUGCUCGAGAAACAGAUUGUAUUUGUUUGCUCCAAUUUGGGAAUCUUAGCUGCAUCAGUUCUAUCAAUUAUCCCAGUGAUCCGUCCCUUUCGGUGGCAGAGCCUUUUAAUGCCGGUUUUGCCAGAUGAUAUGCUGGAGUUUUUGGACGCUCCAGUCCCUUACAUUGUUGGUGUAAAGAACAAAACAAGUGAAGUUCAGUCCAAACUAACAAAUGUUAUAGUUGUGGAUCUUAUUAAGAACCAGGUAAAAUCACCAAGUAUACCUCAGCUGCCUCAGUAUCGUGACUUAUAUAACGCGCUGAGUCCUUAUCACUCGAAGCUCGUUGGAGAAAGCUAUCUAGCAAAGAAAAGACCAGUGUAUGAAUGUACUGAUGAGCAGGUGGAAGCUGCAAAAGGCUUCUUGGGUGUCCUAAGGUCGUACUUGGAUUCUCUUUGCUCUAGUCUCCAGUCACACACUAUAACAAAUGUGCAGUCCAACAAUGACAAGGUAUCACUUCUCCUAAAGGAAAGCUUCAUCGACUCCUUUACUAGUCGUCAUCGACCGUUCAUGAAGCUAUUCGUGGAUACACAACUCUUCUCUGUACAUACAGAUCUUGUUCUUUCCUUUAUCCAGAAGCUAUAG